ACUUGCUGCACCAAAUGUGCAGUAGGCUAGCAAAGUUAGCUAAUUAAAUUCAAGUUAAUUUUUUUCGCAUACAAUCAUGAAGGUGCAAUCAUGGGGAAUACAUGAUUUUCAGUACUGAUGUGUUUCCAGUUACCUAUUUUACAUACUCAGACUGCCACUUUAGCCAACAUUAUAUAAAUGGUCCGGUAAAAAACAGGGUUGCCAGAUUAGUUUGUUUUCCAGCCCAGUAAUUGUUUAAAAUCCACAAAUAAUCUGACAAUAAACGCCUAAAUAUUAUCUAUAAUAAACAGUAGAAACAAAUUCAUAACAACAACAUUAUUGUGUCUCAGCACAAUUUCUCACUAUGAAAUAAAACCAUGUGUAUAAUUAAUGUAGUAAUAAAUUAUGUUGUCAUAAGUUAUUAAUUGAUUAAUGUACUUUUUACAGUGAGUUCUGCUGUGGUUUUGUUUGGAACUAAUUUUGUUGGCGAAAUAGAGAAAAACUUACAUUAUUAACAAUUUUUGUGUAAAAUGUAUUUAACAGUAUUAACUUUUUGCUUAUUCAACUGUAUAAAAUCAAUUUUACAUACACUCAAGCCCAAUCUGGCAACACAGGUGAAGAGAAUACUGAUGUAAAAUGUUCAAUUCUGUUUUUUUGUUUGUCUCUUUGUUUUUUCUUUUUCAUCAUUAGUCCCUCAAAUUUGCCAGCAAAAAUUAUCUUUAUUCUAACACUCCACCACAUACACACACACACACACACACACACACACACACACACACAAAUAAAUAACAAAGGCACUUUUAAGAGCCACGUCCAUCUUGUUAACCUGUACCCAUCACCUGUACUCUCUUCAGCUCUCUCUCUCUGUCUCUCCUCUCUGUCUCUCUUUGUCCCCCCCCCCCCCCCUCCCUGUUUUAUUUGUCCAUCUCUUUGUUGUGAGUCUUUCUGUCUGUUUGUUUUUCUGCCCAUCACUAUGUCCAUGAGUGAUUCAGAAAUCCAAGAAAAUCUAAUGGUCUUGGAUAACUUGGUUGAUCAUCAAGAACUGAAGUAUGAGCUCCAAAGUCUUGAUGACUUUCUUGGUGAGCUGCAAGAAGAGGAGGCGGCAGCAGCACCAGCAAAGAUGCCUGAGCCAAGGCAACCAAGGGUGCACUGGAGAAAAAGAGACGUGCAUGGAAAUAUUGUCUAUGCAAGGCCAAGAUCAAGCAGGCAUCAGUCAAAAAAGGCUGAUCACAUUCAGAACAUUGAUCCUCCCUUCAAUGCUCCUGACACUAACUGUGAGGUGGCCUUUGCUCCAGAGACUGUUGAGUGUUUUCUACAAGAUCUCCAGCACUCACUGAGCGAUUCCUCAGGUGAUGAGGCAUCACCUCUUGGAACCCCAAGAGAUCCUCUUCUGGCAUCCUCGAACUGGAGCAUACGUCAGAGUCUCUUUUCAGAGAGGUGGAGGGCAGAGAGACCCCGUCUGGUAAACACGGCUGCAGCAAAAGAAAGUGUGGCAACACACAUCUGCCAACAGUGUAGGAGCAGUCCAGCAGUUAUCCGGUGUUGUGACUGUCGACCACGCCCCUUCUUCUGUGCUGAAUGUGACAUCAGCAUGCACACCAGACAUGUCCUCCACAAUAGAGAUGCCAUGACUGCUGGAUUCUUCCAGCCAUUGCCUCCAACAACUGUUGUGGUGGAUAAGGCUCUUUCCCAAUGUGUGCGGCUUGUACCUGUGGAAAUGCCUGAAAAAAUCUGUGGUUGUUCACCAGAGUCAUUGAGGGUCAGUCCAGGAAAGACUGUUGCUGUGGUCACAAUGAAUGGACGAUAUGAUCUAAGCAUGCCCGAGUUAUUUUGUGAGGCAUGCCAAGCCACUUGGACUGCUGCAGUGGCCGACCUAAACGGCAGUGACUACUGGCCGGCAACCCUUCAGUUUGCCACAAUGUAUACUACCGAUAUAUUUUUCUCAUUUGAGGAAAUGAAGAUGGUGGCACCAGGACUGUCCUGCCAAGCAUUUUUAAGAAUGCUGGAUCAGCGAACUGUUCGCUUUGGUCGUACUGGCAAGAUCUCUGCAGACAGUUUUCAGAAGAGUUUUUUUGAGUGGGAGGCUGUACGAUUUGAGGUGGACAGUAUAUGCAAGGAAGAGCCCUUCAUCUGCCCUGCAUGCACCCCAAAUAUGCUCGCCGUUUCCGUAGAUGGAAACCGCAAGCACUACCGUUUUAAGAAUGCUGCUAGAUCUGAGGAACAGGCCAUCUUUGAAGGCAUCUUUAUAGCCAAGGAUGAAGAUGUUACGAGAUUUGUGGACCACAUUCACAGCACAACCAAACAUGUCGGUGGGAGAGGUGUUUGUGGAGGCGAGUGGUCAGCAGCCAGAGAGACCUCCCAAAGAUCUGCCAGCAAGGUAGACGAAGAGGGAUUGGAGCUUGCGGUUUGUCGACACGGAGUGCUGCUCUGUGCUUUAAAUAUGUACAGGGGUGAAAUUUUUGCCUAUCCCCUGUACCUUCAAGAAAAGCUGGCCAGUAGGCAAGUCACUUUUUUUUGUAUGGAUGUGACCUGCAAAUAUUGGCCCUACCUGCAAAGAGUUGCAAAAAGCUGCCCAGAGCUCCAGCACCUCCUGAACAUGAGGCCAUUCCUUUCGGUAUUUCAUGCCAAAGCACAUGAUUUUAAAUGCGAGGUGAAAUGGAGUGGGGCGUAUCAGGAUGGGGCUGGACUAACACUAGGGGAGGAGGUGGAACAGUGCAAUGCCUUCCUCUCUAGGAUUGCAGUGACGACAAAACAUAUGUCAAAAGCAGGACGCACAGACAUGCUGACUCUCAUGGCCAUGCGCUGGAAUCAGCAAAAGUUCAGAAAUUUGGCAGUUUCACUGUCUCGCCGAUAUCAGAAGACCAGAAAAGCUCUGCAAAGCCAGUUACGAAACCUAGAGUCCAUGAAAGCCCAAUUGGCAGUGACAGAGAGCCAAUUGGAAGACUGGGUCAGUGAUGUAAAGGAGUGGGCAGAUGCAGCAACAGUAACAACCACAAAUGAUGCUGAUGGCUUGGCCAGCAGAAUUGAGGUCCUGGUAGCGAGUAUCAAGAGACGUUCCCAGCGUCUCUAUAAAGAUACCGAUGGGAACAAAGGUCGUGCCAGAAUCCGCCGCAAGAUCAGGGAGGAGAAGGGGAUCCUGACAUCUGUUGUGGAGAAAUACAACAGAAUGGUUCCGAGCACAGAAAGUCUUUGCAUGGAAACCAUUCUGUCUGGUGAAACAGCUUGGCCAUGGCAGCUACCACACAAUGACUCUGUCGAUCUAAGGACAAAAAGAAGAGCGUUUGACAUCAUCAUGUCAGUAAGAAGACUUGAGGAAGAGCUGAAGAUUCUUGUGGCAGAGAUGGACCACCACUGGAAAUCUCUUUCAACUCGUGCUGAUAACCUCAGAGAGCUGUCCCGCAUGUUUGCCAGUGAGACAAUGAGAAAUUCACCAUGUGGCCUAAGUGAAGAGGGUUUGAAAGGUCUGCAGAGCAUCAUCCUCAGAAAGCAACAUAAAGUCAGAGAAAUGAAGGUGCAAGCAAGAGACUGUUACCUGCAAGUUUUGUCUGGAGAAGGCAACAUCAACUUUUUGUACAGUGCUUCAGCUGAUGAGUACGACAGUGACUGUGAAAUGUCUGAUGACGGACUGUAAUCCACAAGACUGUGACACCUUUCAUCGUUCUGGACAAUGACCUUAAUAUUGACCUUAAUAUUGAAUAUAAUGACCUGGAUAUUAAGAAUGUAAUAAAAUCUGCUUUUCAUCACCUUUAUAAAUGGAACCAAAAGUGUUGCCUCUUCUUUCACAUACAUAGAAAUGUGUGCUUGCAUGCCUAUAGAACCAGUCUGUGGUGGAAAUUAAGUGCAUUAAUUAAAGAGAUUUGAGGUAUGAGUUGUUUCUUCUCAUCCAACUUUUUACUUAUACAUUUUACUUAUAAAUUCUGAAAGAAAAAAAAAUGCAUUUGACAGCACAUGGAGAGCUUAUAAAAUGACAUUUUGUUGCAAAAGAAACUUCUCAACAGUACAAUUAGUUGAUUGGCAGAAAAUUAAUUUUAAUAAUUUUCAUGCAAAAACAUUUAAUGGUUCCAGCAUGUAUUUUUUAUUUGAGGUUUGAACUGUUCACAGCUUUUAUCAAUGUAUCUUUUUGGGUUGUGUGUAAUUGUGUCUGAUUUUCUCAUUUUCAUACUUUAUCACAAACCAAACUCUUCAUUUGUCGAGAAAUAAAUAGCAGAUUAAUUUAUUAUGAAAAUAAUCUUUAGUCUAGGUUGUGUACAAAAUAAUUAAUAAUCUUGCAUGAGUAAUAAUAAUUUAAGGUUAUAUGAUUCACAGGGGAAAAUGAAAUGUUAGAACUUCAGCUCGUGGCUGUGAAAGUGUAGUUUACUUUAACGGUAAGGUGUUACAUAACAACUGAAACCUUUUUAGAGACAUAAAAAGCAAAAUAUGAGGAAGAAAACCAUUAUGAUAAGGAGGAAUCAUUAUUUCCCAGUAUAAUAUUACAUCCGCUUAUGUGUCAUCUAAUAAAAGUAUUGGAGUCAACUGAUUUGAUUCUGUGGUGCUCAAAACAUUUCACCACUUGUGUAGCUUCAUCAGCUGUGACCUGAUAAACAGCAUGAUGAUAGCAAUUUUGAAGUCCCUUUUUAUUUCUAUUGAAUCCAGUUUGUCUUUAUGCUAUUUUAUAGUCUACAAUAAAAUGUUUUACAUGGUGUAUUGUAUA